UAGUUAGCAAACAAUUACCCAAAGCCUUACGCAAUAUUAGAUGCCUUGGCACUAAGAUUGAAAUGCCCCAUGUGCCUGUUAUGGUCAAUGAAGUCGUGGCAUUCCUUGAGCCUCAAAAACACGAAAUUAUCGUCGACAUGACCUUUGGAAGUGGCGGCCACUCCAGACGAAUCCUCCAUGAACAGCCCACAGUGAAAAUUCUGGCCGUUGAUCGCGACCCCUUAGCUCAGUCCUACGCCAAGCAAUUGGCAGAAGAGUUUCCAGAUCGAGUAACUCCACUUUUAGGCAAAUUUUCCGACUUGCCGCAGCUGCUCGCUGAGGAGGGUUUUGGAAGAAACUCCAUCGACAGUUUUCUGUUUGACUAUGGAUGCUCUUCCAUGCAAUUCGAUCUCCCUGAUAGGGGAUUUUCGCUCAAUAAAAACGGACCUUUAGAUAUGAGAAUGGAUGGGAACAGGGAUCCUGGUAUACCUACGGCUGCUGACGUCCUGGCCAAUGCGAGCGAAGAAGACCUGGGUAAAAUCAUCAAAUAUUACGGAGAAGAAAAGCAGGCGAAGAAAGUGGCUCGUGCGAUUGUUGAGUCUCGAUAUCUCUUCAAAAGAUUAACCACCACGGAAGAACUGACUGACUUAAUUCACACCGUUCUAUCCGAAGAAUUAGCUAAUAAAAGGCGCAGUUCCACUGCUCGCAUCUUCCAAGCGCUGCGCAUUUUUGUGAACAACGAACUCAACGAAAUCAAUUAUGGGCUUGUGUUGGCACACCACUAUUUAAAACUAGGAGGCCGCUUAGUGACCAUCACGUUCCACUCACUAGAGGACACGAUAGUGAAAAGGCAUCUAUUGGGGAAUUUAAUUGAAAACUGCGCGAAUCCUUUGCCGCUGAAAUUCAGCAGCCACAACUUUAAUUUGGAGGUAGAUGAUGUGAAUCAGAUAUUGUCCAGCAACUGGAAACCUUUACAUCAACAUGUGAUUGUGCCUAGUUAUGAUGAGCUAGAGGCGAAUAGUCGAUGCAGAUCGGCUAAGUUAAGAGCGGCUGUUAAGGUCAAGUAGUCCAAAAAUAGAUCGUUAUUAUUAGUGCUCA